CCUCCAAAGAAGGCAAAGAAGAAGAUAGAAGGUGGUUCCAAUGUAUUCUCUAUGUUUGAACAAACUCAGAUCCAGGAGUUCAAAGAGGCUUUUACCAUCAUGGAUCAGAACAGGGAUGGCUUUAUUGACAAAGCAGACUUGAGAGACACAUUUGCUGCACUAGGUCGUCUGAAUGUCAAGAAUGAAGAGCUUGAAGACAUGGUGAAGGAGGCGCCAGGUCCUAUUAACUUCACUGUCUUCCUUACUAUGUUUGGGGAAAAGCUGAAAGGCACGGACCCAGAAGAAACAAUUCUGAAUGCUUUUAAGAUUUUCGACCCAGAAGGAAAAGGCCACAUAAAGGCAGACUACAUCAAAGAAAUGCUUAUGACACAGGCAGACCGGUUCAGUCAAGAAGAGAUCAAACAGAUGUUUGCUGCUUUCCCUCCAGAUGUCUCUGGUAAUCUUGACUAUAAGAACCUCUGUUAUGUUAUCACCCAUGGUGAGGAGAAAGACUAAGAGGAAAGAGAUGAGCUUCUCCUGUGAUAAUGCACCAAGUUAUUUCAUAAUGCUUUUGCGUGCAAGACAAAGGGCUAAACAUUCAGUAUGUGAAGCCAUGUGGUCAUCAGAAGAGAACCAAUAAAACAAUUGAAAUUAGAUUAAAGUUA